GUUCAUCAGGUUUCCUGCUUUGGUCUCAGGGGCCCUGAACGCAGCAUCGGGCGUCAUCGGUGAGUCACGUGACGGUUUGUUGACGGUAGAAGACGAGGAAGAUGGCGGCUCGCUGGAGCAGCGAGAAUGUGGUGGUGGAGUUUCGGGAUGCUCAGGCCACCGCCAUGUCCGUGGACUGCCUGGGCUCCCAUGCUGUGCUGUCUGGGCGGCGGUUCCUGUACAUGGUGAACCUGGACGCCCCGUCAGAAGCUCCGCGCAAAAUCGGCCGACAGAGUAAAUGGGACGUGGGGACGGUCCAGUGGAACCCGCACAGGUCCGAGUCGCACGUGUUCGCCGCCUCGAGUAACCAGCGUGUGGAUCUGUACUCGUGGAGGGAGGGCUGUGGAGAAGUUCACACCUCCCUGCAGGGACACACCCGGGUCAUCAGUGAUCUGGACUGGUCCUGGUUUGAACCGGAGUUCCUGGUCACCAGCUCGGUGGACACCUACAUCUACAUCUGGGACACCAGAGACACUCGGAAACCCACGGUGGCGCUGUCGGCUGUCGCCGGAGCAUCUCAGGUGAAGUGGAACCGGAGGAACCAGCACCUGCUCGCGUCCAGUCACGAUGGAGACGUUCGAAUCUGGGACAAAAGAAAGCCGAACACGGCAGCGGAGUACGUGGCCGCUCACCUGUCCAAGAUCCACGGCCUCGACUGGCAUCCGGACAACGAGUUCAUCCUUGCCACAUCGAGCCAGGACAACUCUGUGAGGUUCUGGGAUUUCCGACAGCCCAGGAAGUACCUGAACAUCCUGUCCUGUCAGGUGCCGGUCUGGAAGGCCCGGUACACGCCGUUCUCUAACGGUCUGGUCACAGUGAUGGUUCCUCAGCUGCGGAGAGAGAACAGCCUGUUGCUGUGGAGCACGCUUGACCUCAACAGUCCCGUCCACGCCUUCGUCGGCCACGACGACGUGGUGCUCGAGUUCCGCUGGAGGCCGCAGAAAGAAGGCUCCAAGGAUUACCAGCUGGUCACAUGGUCCCGAGACCAGACUCUGAGGAUAUGGAGGGUGGAUCCUCAGCUGCAGAGGCUGUGCGUCAGUGACGUGGUGGAGGACCUGAUGGACGAGAUGUCUCUGAACGUGGAGUCGGACAAGUCUUUUACCUCUCAGGAGCCCGAGAGUCAACACGGCCUCGGCCCCGCCGCCGGAAACCUGCAGGAUCCCGGCGUCGCUCUGGGCUCCGUGGUGGGUUCAGGUCUCCCUCAGACGCUGCAGCAGGAGUUCUCUCUGGUCAACCUGCAGAUCAGGAACGUCAACGUGGAGAUGGACGCCGUGAACUGCAGCUGCGUGGUGUCGGCUCACUUCGGCAGCCACCAGGUUCGUCUGGUGGUGAAGUUUCCCGCCCAGUAUCCCAACAACGCCGCUCCGACCUUCCAGUUCGUCGCCCCGACCACCAUCCCCUCCGCCAUGAAGAUCAAGAUCCAGAAGAUCCUGACGGACACGUCUCUUCAGAAGGUGAAGAGGAACCAGAACUGUCUGGAGCCGUGUGUCCGACAGCUGGUGUCCUGUCUGGAGUCGGACAUGACGCAGGACGACGGCCCCCCUCCCAAUCCCUUCGUCAUCUCGAACCCUGUGACUCCGCCCCUGCAGGCGUUUCCUCGAGUCACCAACACGUACGGCUCCUAUCAGGACGCCAACAUCCCGUUCCCUCGGACGUCCGGCGCUCGCUUCUGUGGCACCGGAUGUCUGGUGUACUUCACCCGACCAAUCACCAUGCACCGCUCUGUCCCGCCCACCGAGCCCACGCCCAGGUCUCUGUCGGCCCUGUCGGCCUAUCACAGCGGUGUCCUGACGCCGAUGAAGAUGCGUUCAGAGUCUCAGAGCACCCUGCGGCUGUACAGUGGCAGCCCGACUCGCUCCGACAAAGACACCGUCUCCAUCUCCUCCUUUUACUAUAAAGAACGGAAGCUCCCAAUCUUUGCCUCCCGCCGCUGGUCUGUCCAAACCGUCCACGACUGGCCGAAAUCCCGCCGGUUCAAGACGAAGCGAGAGGGGACGGACUACGGCAACCGUCCAAUCAAACUGGCCGGGAAGGUGAUCAUCCAGGAGAUCUCCUGCCUGCUGCCCGUCCACAAGGCUCUGGGAGAGAGCUACAUUCUGAACGUGAACGACAUCCUGGAGACGUGUCAGAAGAACGCGUCGGCGGCGCUCACCGUCGGACGCAGAGACGUGGCCAAGGUGUGGGCUCUGGCGUCUGCGGCGACCGGUCAGGACCUGAGUCCGGACUCGGACCCGGACACGGAGACCCCGUGGGCCAGACACCCGUUCGGACGCCACCUGCUGGAGACGCUUCUGGAUCACUACAGUCACAUGAGCGACGUUCAGACUCUGGCCAUGUUGUGCAGCGUGUUCAGAGCUCAGGCUCCGCCCCCCGACGGUAACCCCCUGUACGCACACCACCCGUCGCGCUCCUCCUCCAUGCUCCCGCCACAACACUCACGAUACCCCAGCUACACCUCCAGCUCCGUCACCUCCGGCUCCUGCUCCAGCACGUCGGACUCCAUCACUACAACCACCUGGAACGCAGGUCGAGACUCCGAGCACGUCAACCCCUGGGGUGAGUCCUCGCCCGACGACUAUCGCUACGGAAACCAGGGCUACGCAGACCCACGGGAACGAGAGCGGGAGCAGCACGACAUGAACAAGAGACUGCUGGACCCGGCCAACACGCUGCAGUUUGACGACUUUAAGAAGUGCUACGGUGAAAUCCUGUACCGCUGGGGUCUGAGAGAGAAGCGGGCCGACGUGCUCAAGUUCGCCUCCUGUCCGCCGGAACCGCACAAAGGCAUCGAGUUCGGCGUGUACUGCUGCCACUGUCGCAUUCAGGCGCGCGGGACCCAGUGCGCCGUCUGCAAGCGCCUGACCUUCCAGUGCGCCGUCUGCCACGUGGCCGUGCGCGGCUCCUCCAACUUCUGCCUGAGCUGCGGCCACGGCGGACACACGGGCCACAUGAUGGACUGGUUCCGUCGGCAGGACGAGUGUCCGGCCGGCUGCGGCUGCCACUGUCUGCUGCAGAGCACCUUCUGACGGACGAAACCAGCGCACCCCCCGACGAAGGAGGAGGAGCUGAGGGGCAGUGGGCGAAACCUCGGGACGCCUCUGAAAGUCACAUGACGUGAUGAGUCCGUCCACCGGUCCGACAGCGCCGUCGUCCAACUUCUCCUCCUGUGACAUUAUGAUGGACAUUUUUUUUUUACUUUCACUCGAGACAAAGUCUCACAGAGUCCGUCAGGCGUCACAGAGAACAUGAAUCAAUUCAUUCAGUUUCUCCAAAGUCAGAAGUUGUGCAAAAAUAAUGAACCGACCACAACAAACUGCGUCUAGUUUAUGAAUGUUCGUCACAACGCAGCUGCUCCUCCACAACCGACCCGAGUAGAAACAACGUGUCAUUUCGUGCCGGGGGUCGCAGUUUCGCGGCCCGGCCAGAGCAGCAACAUCACAACAACAACAAAGAGAGAAACAAGCUUUCGCCAAAAUCGCUGACUGCCCCUUUAAGAGACGUGCUAGCGACAGAUGCUACAACUCGGAAGGUUUUGGCCUCGUGUCCGUCUCCGAAAGGCUGCGGGUUCGAGUCCCGACCGGUGUCGAAUCAUCCACAGUAAAGAAUCUUUCUCCUUAAUGGCGUACUGCCCCUUUAACACUCGGGAUGGCUGGACCCUGUAAACGUCCGGCAAAUAUUUAACUGUAGAAUCUGUUAAUUUGUGAAAAUGGUUCAUUUGAGAGUUUUAUGUAAAAAAUGAUGGAAAUGUUUCAGGUACAUAAGAAUAUUUAAUCAGAUGUAUAAAUUAUUAAAGCGUCUGAUUUGAAUUGA